GUAAGUCGUAGUUGAAUGUAUGAACCAUGGAUUGUUCUGUUCCAGAUUCACUUUACCUGCAGCAAAGGGAGCAGCUCUAAUCAUUUGAGCCAACUUUGUGUUUGUGUCUUUUUGUGGACUGUUUGUGGACUGUCAGCAGACAGUGCGCCACUAAGAUGCAGCUACAACUGUGCUGACCAGCAGCAGCUCAGCAAGUCAGAACACUGGACAGCCGACAGAGGUUUCAUGGUGAGGUUUAGGUUGUGGCUGAAGCUGUUGGAGCCCUCUGACGGUGUUUGAGUUUGCAGCUGCGGCCUGGAUGUGAGACUGGCUCAGCGAGUGAGUUGGUAACCCUUCUUCAGUGAGCGAUGUAUGGACCUGCCCUCUCUCUGAGUCUGCUGCUGUGGACAGUAGGAGUGGCUGUACUCAGGACUCAUGGUGAGGUUAUAGCCCAGUCUGCCAUCCUGACCGCAGAGGCCGGUCGCCCCCUCAUGCUUGGCUGCAACAUCACCAUGGCAACAGGAGACACCGUCCGGCAAGUCCGCUGGCUCAACAGGCACGACAAGAUCCUCCUGGCCUACGAACAAAACGUGCAAGUCCUCGUCAGCAAUCAACACCCGAGUGUGCAGCUCACUGCCUCCAGCAACGAUGCCAGCUACAUCACCAUCACGAGGGUGCAGCCUGAUGACGAGGGCUGCUACCGCUGCAUCUUUGACGUUUACCCCACGGGCUCACAAGAAGGCAGGACAUGCAUCAGUGUCACUGGUAAGGUGCGGCAAGUGGGCAACAAGACAGCCAUAAGCGGGCAGCCGGCCACCCUCUCCUGCUGGUACAGCCUCCCUGAGAGGGUGCAGCAGGUGCUGUGGAGGAAGACGGCUGAGCAGGGCGACACCACCACCGUGGCUUCCUACAGCAAGAAAGGCCACCACAACAUAGAGGAGCCCUUCAGGGAACGAGUUAGCCUGAGCCGGACUCUGGGUGAGACCCAGAUGACCAUCCAGUCUGUCGCAACGGAGGACGAGGCCUGCUACACCUGCGAGUUCCACCCAUACCCAGACGGCAGCAGAAGUGCCACCUCCUGUCUGUCGGUCUAUGUUUUACCCAAACCAGAGGUGAGCCAUGUGACCACAUCUUCAGGGGUCACCGAAGCCAACUGCACCGCCCAGUCCCGCCCUGCAGCCGAAAUCAUGUGGAACAUCGGCGGGGACAACCGAACACUCGGACCACCCAUUUCCUCCGCCUACGAUCAGGGCGACGGCACCACCAUAGUGACAAGCACGCUUCUCUUCCAAUCAGGGCUGCUCAGCGAACUGUCCGUCAAGUGCAUCGUGCACCACCAGGGUUUAGAGAAACCCAUGACGGUGUCCCUCAACAAACAUGUGGGUCCAGCCACGGUUAUCCUCCUCUCUGUGUGCGGUGUGGCAGCGGUUCUCCUCCUCUGUCUGUGUGUGUGUCUCUGCAAGUGCUUCAUCUGCACUGAAGAUUGAUUUGGAGCCCCUGCGUCACCACUGCUUUGAUGAAGGUCCAGCAGAGCUCCGGGCCUGACCUAGCUGCUCAGCACCGUGCCCUCCAUGGAAGGGAACAGAGCUUUCACAGAGCGCAGCCAGCAACACUGCUGGUUCUGCUUCCAUCAGCUGAGAAGAUACUGCUAGUAAGAAGAACUAAAAACCACUUUAUUUAAUGCUAGAUUUUACACUCACAGUUGAAAGGUUGCUUUGAUGAUUGAGGAAUCCUUAUAAGAAUAGAGGGUUUUAUCAGUAUACCUUGUGCCAUCAUGGAGGUGCAGUGGUUGGGGUCAAUACACUCCAAACUUUAGAAGAGUAUUGCAGUGGGUGUAUGAUAAGUUCUAUAUUUUUUUUUAUUUAGGUUGUAGCAUGAGUUUGCUCACUUAGAUUGAAGUGUUUUGACUUCGUUGGGGAGAUUAUUAUAAUUAUCAUCACUAUUUUAUUAUCAUUAUAAAGAAAAUCUGCUUCAUUUUAAAAAAUCAACUAAUAUCAUGUAGAUGGAACUAAAUAAACUGCCGGGUCUUUGCCUUGUUUUUCCCUAUUACUGCUGCCGCAGAUCUUUUACUUUAUAGAAGUUUGUAAAAACUCAGCACUGUCAGUUAAAAGCAAGUAAUUCAUAUAUUUUUUCAGAACACCUUGGGCUAUUUAAAGGUCCCCUGUUGUAUUAAGGUAGAUGUGCAUGUCUUUUUUAAUUAUAAAGCAGGAUUACUGUAAAAGUGUCAAAGCGCUCAGUCCACAGAGAAAUGCACACAGCCUGUAUUUAGAAAAUGAGCCCUAAAACGAGCUGUGAGGAGUUCCUGAACUUUGUGAUGUCACAACAAAACAGUCACAGCUCUCAGCCAGAAGAGAGGCUCACGGCCUCCUUUCUUCUGAUUGGCUCACCGACCUGUUGUUACUCGAGCUCCAGAGAGAAGUCUGAGAGAGGAGAUGUAAAACUACAUGUUUUUGGUUCUUAAAACCACAAAUAAAUCUUCUCAUGAAUCAACACUUGUAAAAUACGGGACCUUUAAAUCUGUGUGCUACAGUGAUGUCCCAAAAGUUAUGAACAGUGAUUGUAAAGACCCCUCAGUUUAAAAAAAAAAAUCAAUAAAUCAUAAAAAAAAAAAAAAAGUUAAAACACAGACAAAAACACAAACAGCACUCAAAUCAUGUAGGACCCACAUCACUCACAGCUGACUGAGAAAAUAGUCUUUCAGGGCCUUUACUGUGCUUGAAAAUGGCCACCACGGAGUGUUACAUCACCUGAAAGCCCCCCGCCCCCAGUUUGUGGUUGUCAAAUAGAGAUGAAGGAUGAUUAAGAGGGCGCCUCUUGUGAUAUAGACCUGCGAGUUACAGGAAAUCAAAAGGAAGCGGUAGAACUGAGGCUAAAGUCUGACCCCGCUCUGUAUGACUCACUGCGAGGAUGGUUUGAGUGGGAAAGAAUGACAGGUUUGUUACAGUAUUAUUAGCUGCACUGCUGUGCGGGACAGAAGGGUGGUCGACGUUCUGUGGUUCACACCGCCCAAACGAUUCCUGUGUGGAUCAAACCACAGUUGUAAAUCACUGAUCUGACGUAUGUGAGACAGUAACAGGAGGGCUUUGUGUCUCGUUUUUUUUUCUGUGUGUGUGUGUGUGUGUGUGUGUGUGUAUGAUCUGAAAGUGAAAAAAAAAUCUGGAGUGUGUGUGUGUGUGUGCACGUGCAUGCAAGCUUUCGUUUGCAUUGAUGUACAGUAUUUCAUCACCAGUGUUAGAGUUUAGUCUUUUAUUUGCAUAAAAUAUUAAUAUCGGCCUUCAUGGGCUGUGUACAGUGAUGUUAGUUUUGUAGAAAAUCUUAUUUCUCAAAAAGAAAAAAAAGAUCAUGUAUUCUAACAUAGCUGCUGGAUGCUUACAUUUAUACUUAACAUCUACUUUCACAUUGAAGUCUGUAUAUUAAGAUGAUUAUAAGGUUUAAAUCUUGAUACGUACCUACAGUGAUGUUAGAAAUCUUUGCGAAAAUACUAAAGCUGCUGUAAAACAUUCAAUUUUUCCACAUUCCCACUUCCCUUUCCGUUUUAAUAUUUCUGUCCUCGGUGUCAACAGUGUUUUGCUUUUGAACAGUAUUCACUUUGUAGUGUGUGUAAGAGUUGAUUAAUGGUUUCCUGUACUGGUGCUGAUCCCCCUCGGCACCAGCUGGAACAAAUAAAACCUUUAGCUGCUUUUGUCUCACUGAUUAUUUUUAUCAGCUGUAGGUGUUUUCUUAAAAAUAAACCUCAAAUUUGUAUCUGAACUCUUGGUUAUGAUGUGUUGAGACAGUUACACAAUAGGAAACGCACUUCCUCUGCAGCCCACUCCAGUGACUUUACUUUUUCAAUUGCAGACACUGUGAAUGCACAAUGGCUUUUUAUUUUUACUGAUCUAUGACUAACUAAUGCAAAUAUUUCAAGCUUAAAAUAGUCUCAAAUGUACUUAGACCCAGUUUCACAAAUGUCAUUUCAGCUUUUAGACAGUAAAUUGUCAUUUUGGAAGUUUAGAAAGUCUGGAAAUCUAUGCACAAUAGAUUUUUUUUCAAAAUUUGAUCUGUUUUCUUGACUUUUUUUCCGAAAGGAAUUCAUCCUGUUUUGGAAAUACUCUCUGCAGUCUGAUUUGGUUCAUUGUAAAGUUUUCUCUAAACACCAUUCAUGUACAGUAAAUGAAUGAUUUUCCCCUUAAAGUCUCCAUAAACCUCACAAAGACAGGAAGGGGAAGUAGUUGUUUUGCUGCUUGGAGGCACUGAGUGGCAUUUGACAGAUUUAUUUUUAUGGUUAUCAGUCACACUGAUGUCAUUAAAGCAAAUAAAUUGACUAUUAACAAUAAUAAAGAGGCUUAUCUGGAGGAAACUGCGCUAACGUGUGAACUCACUAUAAAAUCAAUAGUGUGUUAUUGUUUUUUGUCCCUUGGUAAUGGAGUCGUGCUCAUAGGAAAUAAUGAUUGCAAUAUUAUUAAUCGCCUUUCUUUUUAGGAUUUUGAAGGGUUUUGUUGAACAGUCAACAACUGUAUCACCUAGGUGAUAAGGUAGAUAUCAGUGGCCAGUUGCAUUGAAAGUACAGGAUACUGAGUUUUUCUUUUGCAACACUAGAUGGCGUCCUUUUUGAUUUGCUUUUAAGAGAGAGUUUUCAAGUUUUCCCAUUCAGACUUAUUUCCUAUUUUCUAUGUGCCUCCAUUGCACCAAAAAUAACAUAAUGAACAUGUAUUAAUCUGACAGCUAAAAAACACCCCCACUCCACACACACACUCAAAGUUUUUGAAUUUCCUUUUUUUUUUUAAGGGGGCAAUUUGUCUCCACCUGCAUGCGUCAUAUAGUGGUUGGUGGGCAAUGCAGCAUUCUGGGUGGGGUGUUUAUCAAAAGUAAGUGCAUGCGUGUGUGUGUGUGUGUGUGUGUGUGUGUGUGCAGGCAGUGCAGCAAUGUAUAUUUUAGCACUUUUUAACCACAGAGGUAGUCGAGAGGUAGAGUCGCACUUCCCACAGGCCACGCUGCUCCACGUGCCUCAUACAGCCGCUUCCUAUCACUGGUUCACUCUUCACCCAAAUCACUCUUCAAUUGUGUUUCGGGCAGCGACCUGUUUCACGUUGCACCUCGUUCGCAGCUGAAAACUUUCUUUUAUCUUAUCUUAGCAAUCAACAACAAAAAUGAUCAGAGAGAUCAAUAUGAUUACCGCUCUGUUGCCACAAAAUCUCAAGUUCUCACUCAAGGGGCGAAACAGCUGCUAUAAAUGUAAUGUCAUUGCAUAGAUGUAAAGCUUGUAAUGGAUGUUUAAGUAUUAAGCUGACACGAAAUGCAUCAUAAAAGUUAUGCUUUUUAAUUUACAUUCAACUAUCUUUCAAUAAAUGACAAAUAAUUGUUUUCA